AUGGCUGCAGAUGCUCUUCCACCACCAGCCUUGAACGACACGCGCGAUGAAGGUGCCAUUCAGCUCGCGAUCGACCUACCGCACAGUCCUGGCACGCGUAUCAACCUGCACCUGACCGUACUCGCAAAGUCGAUUUUGCUUUUCUUGACAAGCACGAGUCCUGAUGCCGGCCAGCAAGCUGCAGCAAUGGGUAGCUUUGUCUAUGCGAUGCCCGAUAGAUACAAUCAGACUCAGCCUAUGAGUACGGCACUCUACAGCGUGCCGUCCACUCUGGACUUUGCAACUCGCAUGGCCAAGGUCCUUGUCCGUCGACUGCAAAAGCCAUGCUAUGUCAGCAGCAGCAUUGAUCUUUCUGGAGCCGCUGGAGGUGGCGAUGUGGAUGAGGAGCGAGAUGCCUUUCGCGGCGUAGUGGACGCGGUGUGUGCAACAGUCCUGGGCUGA